AUGGUGUGAAUCAUCCUCUUCGCACCGAUGAAGAAUAUUUAUUAUGCAUAGAUGAAGAUCAUCACAAAGAGGGUCCAAGCCCAUUAUCUGCACUGCCAAUGGGAAUGGUUUCGCAAGUUCCUUUCGAAUAUAUGCAUCUUGUAUGCUUAGGUGUUAUGAAAAAACUCUUGUCUGCAUGGGUACAUGGCAAAUACUCAUGAAUAUCAAAGCUUUCGGGAAGAUCUAUUUCUAGAAUUAGUGAUCGUUUAAAUAUUUAAAAAAAAUAUUGUCCUACAGAAUUUGCAAGACGCCCUAGAUCUUUAGAUGUAUAUUCAAAGUAUAAAGCAACAGAAUUUCGCCAAUUUCUUCUCUAUAUAGGGCCAGUUGUAACGUAUGGUAUAUUGAACAAUUUUACAAGCACUUUUUACUCUUACAUGGUGCUAUAAGGGUCUUGGUCUCAAAGUGUCCAUCGAGAAAACAUCUGAAAUUUGCAGAACUGGCGUUGCAAAAAUUUGUACUUUGCUGUGUCUCUCUUUAUGGUCCAAAUUUCAAUAGCUACAACGUCCAUGGUCUUCUUCAUCUCACUAAUGACGUUAAACGUCUUGGUAAUUUAGAUUCAUUUUUCGCUUUUCCAUACGAAAGUAAGAUGUCGAUUUUUAGGAAAUAUUGUAGAAAGCCAGAUUUACCUCUUCAACAAUUUUGCAACAGAAUGACAGAAAUAAAACAUCAUAGACUACGCCAAAAUCUCAAUAACGAGUCAUCUAUUCACGUAUCAAUGCCGCGUAAUAAUGAUGAAAAUCGUCAUCAUUUUUCUAAAAUACGAUUUAAUGGAAUAUAUCUAAGUACUAAUAUGCAAGACAAUUGCUGUAUUUUGCUCGAUGGAUCGAUUUGUAUCGUCUUAAAUAUUGUCGCAGACAACUAUUCUUAUCGUUUGGCUAUUAAACGAUUUCUAGAAGUAGAUAAUUUUUAUAAGAUCGGCAUGGAAUCCUCAGCCUUUCAAAUAUAUAAAUAUGGCAAUAUUACCAGCGAAAUCGUUUUUAUUAACUUAAAUGAGGUGAACGCGAAAUGCUACAGGAUGCCUUUGUACGAAAAUACAUCAUUGGAUGACAAUGACAGUGAUGAAGAUGAUAUGGAACCAUCAAAAUACAUUGUCGCAACUAUGAUACACACGGAAGAGACGAAAAGUAUGAGAUGCAUUCUUUUAUCAUACGAUUAUACAUGGAUCGGCCAAAGCGCGUCAUUAUUAAACCAUCGCGGUACGAAACGACGUCUUCGGAUGAAAGUCCAACAAAGCGGAGGAGAAGCACAACAGUAGCUACCAUCGGUUCAGGGACGAUCGACGAAGAUAUCGGAGACAUCAACAGAAUGCUGGAUGAGAAUCCUACAACUUUAUACAAUAAUACACACAUGGCACACCCACAUACACAACAUACACCACGCACGUACAUAUACAGGCACACACAAACAUUUCUUACAUAGAAUACAUUCCAGAAAUACAGACAAACACGACACACGCGCAUACUUCACCAAUUAUGCUCCAACAUAAUACACUUACACAAAGUUUUACACUUACCACAAGUGCUAACAAAUCAUAUUAUUCUAAUAAUACUUUGCCCGAGUUUCAGGAAAGCACAAGAACUCGGCCCAUGCAGGAACAGGACACACGCCGUGAUAAAAAUACUCAUCGUGAAAAUAUAGGAUAUGGUGUCGGCUAUUCACAGGA